ACAUUUUUAAUAAUGUCAAGUGUCAUGUCAUUCGGGAAAUUAAUAGCCUAAAAAAUACGCUUUUGUAAUUUGUGAAAUAAAAUUGUAAAAUAAAUAAAAUAGGAAAGUUUAGCAAAUAUGUCGGAUAACGACGAUGAUUAUAUGUGCGAGGAGGAGGAAGAUUAUGGAUUGGAAUACUCAGAAGAUAGUAAUUCGGAGCCAGAUGUUGAUCUAGAGAAUCAGUACUACAACAGCAAGGCGCUGAAGGAAGAUGAGCCCCAGGCUGCUCUGCUUAGUUUUCAAAAAGUCCUCGAGCUGGAGGGAGGGGACAAGGGAGAAUGGGGCUUUAAAGCUCUCAAACAGAUGAUAAAGAUUAAUUUUAAAUUGGGCAACUUUACAGAAAUGAUGUCCAGGUACAAGCAGCUGCUGACGUACAUCAAGAGUGCUGUCACGAGGAACCACUCGGAGAAGUCCAUCAACUCCAUCCUAGACUACAUCUCUACUUCUAGAAAUUGUUCGCUACAGAUGGAAUUGUUACAAGACUUCUAUGAGACCACUCUAGAAGCUCUCAAGGACGCUAAGAACGACAGGCUAUGGUUCAAGACUAACACGAAGUUGGGCAAACUGUACUACGAUAGGGGCGACUUCAAUAAACUGGCUAAGAUCCUCAAGCAACUGCAUCAGAGCUGUCAGACUGACGAAGGCGAGGACGACUUGAAGAAAGGCACUCAGCUGCUGGAGAUAUACGCGCUAGAGAUCCAGAUGUACACCGCUCAGAAGAACAACAAGAAGCUCAAGGCGUUGUACGAACAGUCGCUGCACAUCAAGUCUGCUAUACCACAUCCGCUUAUUAUGGGUGUUAUUAGAGAAUGUGGCGGCAAAAUGCACUUGCGCGAAGGUGAGUUCGAGAAGGCUCACACGGACUUCUUCGAGGCGUUCAAGAAUUACGACGAGUCCGGCAGCCCGAGGCGGACGACCUGCUUGAAAUAUCUCGUAUUAGCUAAUAUGCUCAUGAAAUCAGGCAUCAAUCCCUUCGACUCUCAAGAAGCGAAGCCUUACAAGAACGACCCAGAAAUCCUAGCCAUGACAAACCUCGUAAUGGCUUACCAAAACAACGAUAUUAACGAGUUCGAGUCUAUUCUCAAGCACAACAGGAACAAUAUAAUGGACGAUCCCUUCAUAAGAGAACAUAUAGAGGACUUGCUUCGUAACAUCAGGACCCAAGUGCUUAUUAAGCUGAUCGGACCUUACACUAGGAUUCAUAUACCGUUUAUAUCUAAAGAACUGAAUAUCGAUGAGAAAGAAGUCGAGAAUUUAUUGGUCACGUGUAUUUUAGAUAACACUAUCAGCGGUCGCAUCGACCAGGUAAACUCAGUGCUGGAGCUGCAGUCCGGCGCCCGUGGUGCCGCGCGCUACUCCGCGCUGGACAAGUGGACGGCGCAGCUGUCGUGCCUGCACCUCGCGCUCGCCAACAAGAUGGCGUAGUGCACACGGAACUGUGGGUGUGGCUGGAGGGUUAACUACUGUAGUUGAGUCACUUUACUGAUUUGAAGUUGUGUAGUGUGGGGCUCUUGUUCACCACACGAUUGAGGUACGAAUUCGCUGGUUACCGAUAAAACGUUAGUUAGGUAUCUGGUAGUUCUACCUACCAGAUAAAGGCUGCUUAUAAAAGUUAUAGUUUAUGUGUCAAAUAAAUUCCUAAUAGGCUAUCAGAGACUUUGUCAGUAACCAGUGAAACUUACCAUUAAUAUCGUGAAAAUCUACAUUUUACCAUAUGUACGGAGUAGUGACAAAACACUAACCGUGUGAUAUGGGUCACUGUAACAAAUGUGCCGUGAAUAAGAGGUCUGACAACGAGUACCCAAUUUCAGAGUGGCAAAGUUAUUUGUGCUGUAAUGGCGGAAUAAUACUUUUAAGUAUGAGUUUUCGCUGCUGGUUGAAAGUGUGAUGAUCGUGAAUGAAAUUUGACAAUUAACUAGUGCCAGAUUUUUUUACAGUUUUUUGUUGAGUGAAAACUGAUAUUUAAAAGUGUUUAUCCGCUAAUUGAAAGAUGCAAAUGCUUUUAAAAAUGUUGACAGAUUAUUGUGUAAUACUAUUUUAAAGGCGGCUGGCUACCGUUAGGUAUUUACCUUCUAAAUGUCAUUAAAGCUAAAUACAUAAAAAAAAAACAAAACUGUUUAACGAUUCUCAGCCGAUAAAAUUAGGAGAUCAAUAUUUCAACAGAGCAGAACAACAGAAUUUCAACAGAACAAAAAAGUCAGCGGCCCCUUUAAUUUUCUUUUUUGCAUCAAAAUAAUACCUGUCAACAUCAUUUAAAAACACCGAAGUCUUCUAUACAUAAGUCUCCAGUCACACGUAUAAGCUUCUUGGGCCUUCCGCUCGUGAAGUGGCGCGAACACGACUCUGUACGACGGACUGCACGCGCCAUCGUACAAACGCGGCCUAACGACCGAACAUAUACACAAUAUCGACCGAAAAUUAACAUUCAAAAUUAUUGAGCGUCCUCCGUACUGUUCGCGAAGUUUCUCGGAAAUGUUUAUCACAGUUAAUUAUGAAGGAAUAUAGCGAGGCCCGAGUAUCCCUCCCAUAGGGAACAAAAUGACGAGCGGAGAUGUCAUAACAGAAAAUCUAAAAACCUAGCUUCUCCAAAAUGCAGGUUUUCUGGGGUCGAGGAACGUAACUGGCUCCGCCCUGAUACAGCUUCUUUGGGACCAGCUAAUUUUUUUUUAAACAGAAAAUUACGUUAUUUGACCCAGAAGAAGGCGCCUGACCUACCUACAUACCUUUCUCCGCUCGUCUUUCCUUCCACACUCUCGUAUUCGGGCAACUUCGCGAGUAGUCUGGAGUUCGCUUUAUGUGAAGGUUGUGGUCUGCAAACUCGUCCAACUUCUUUGUCUAUGAUAUUUUGGCGCCCAACCUGACUAUGUACAUACAGUGCGCGCGAGAAUCUAGUGUAAAUCGCCUUAUUCGAUGUCUCUCGGAUUAUGUAAGAAUCAUGCACAUAAUGUAAUCGACCACGUCCACAGCAAUAUAUAGAAUACCUUUAGUUACUAUUCUAUGUCUAAAAUUCCUUGUAUAAAAGUUGUAAAAUAGAUAGAAAUCUAAAUUAUUACCCGUAUUUUGUCAUUAGCCUUUUCUGUGCUCUGUUGUAAAUUGUGCAACGGCAGGCGGUCAAUGUUUACAGAUGAUGUUCUGAAAGAUUUUUAUGAAUACAUAUUUAGCUAUUAUUGACGGUUAUUUCAAGAAGAUACACAAUAUGUUUCGUAUCCAUCAAGAUCCAAUUGCGACAGAAAAGAGUUGUGAUAGCGUUAAGGGCGUAGUCGACAUUGAGUUCCAAGUGACGGUUUGUACGAAAGUAAUUGUGAGAGAACUUUACUGUAUAGUCCGUUUUCGUAUCCAAUUGGAUAUUCACAUCUAUCUUUUGUGACGUUGGUUAAAGUACCCUCUAGCUGUACAACCAGACUGUUCUAAUAUCACACAAAACUUAUUUUAUAAGAACUUGCGCUGUUUAAUUUUGUAACUUUUUAAGUCUCGAUGUAUUGGCGAAGCUGCCUCACGGAUUAUGUUAAGAAUGUAACUGAUCAACUGGAGUCGGAGUUGGAAAUGUGAUAUUGUAUAUGGAUGCGUGUAGUAAUAUAUUUGUGAAUAAUGUAAUAUUUGUCCGCGGAGUAUAAAAAGACAUCGUACAGAGGCUCGGUAUGAACGCUUGUAAUUAUUGGGAACAAUGGCUGAACAACUGAAGAACACGCCUCAUUCAGUGCAGUGUUAUGCAAAUACACGAUUUCAAGUAUA